AUGCAAAGGACUCACGAUGAAGACUACGACUACCUUUACAAAAUCGUUUUAGUAGGUGAAGCCGGAGUUGGAAAAACCCAUUUAUUAUCACGCUACAUCAAAGGGACGCUUCCAAAAAACCCAACCUCGACUAUAGGAGUUGAGUUUGCAACCCGCACUGUUCCAUUAGAGUCUGGAGGAAUUGUAAAAGCUCAAAUAUGGGACACAGCAGGCCAAGAAAGGUCGUAUUUUCACACAAUGAUUAUUUCAUGACGACUAUUUUUUUCACUUAUUUUCCCUAUUUUUUGGGCCAAUUUUUAGCUAUUUUUUACUAAUAUUUGGGUCUAAUUCCACACUAAUAUUUUGAUCUAAUUUUUAAUAUAUUUUAAACGAUUUUACCAGCAAAAAAUGUCACUUAAUAGGUCUCUUACUCUUCAAAUACUAAUUCAUUGCUUUUUAAAUUUCGAGAAUUUUAGAGUUUUCCACUUAAUUUACUCAAUACUACUUGCGUAGGGAAAUGUCUCCGCUUCUCAAUAAGGCUUUAGUUUUUUCAGUAGCUUCAUGAAUGAGACUAGGCAAAAAAAAAAUAAGUGAAAAGCCAAAAAAAAAAAGUCAUUAUGAAAUAGGCAGUGUGAAGGAACCAAGAAAGGUAUAGAGCAAUUACAUGUGCCCACUAUCGAAGAGCCGUAGGAGCUUUACUAGUUUAUGACGUAACUAAUGAGAAAACCUUUGCAAGCGUCAAGAGGUGGAUGGAGGAAUUGAGGGAAAAUGCUGAGCCUGAUAUAGUAAUUUUAUUAGUGGGCAAUAAAGUGGACUUGUGUGACAGAAAUCCUGAUUCCAGAAAGAUCACAAAGGAACAAGGGGCGAGGUUUGCUAUGGAAAAUGGGCUCCUGUUUGAGGAAACUUCAGCUAUUACUAUUGUAAGGGUUAAAGAAGCAUUUGAAGGGCUAUUACAGGCUAUUUAUAAUGUAAAGAGUCAGGCUGGGAACACGAGGUCUGGGAGAAUGUCUCAGACUAAUCUCGCUUAAAAUUAGUGUGACGAAUGAACUUGAAUUAUUAAUAACUGGGAGAGUAAUGAGUGGUGAGCAUGUCUGGCUGAGUUUUAAUUGAUCUGGUGAAGCGCAAUGUCGGGCUGAUCGACCGCAAGUUAACAUCCAGGGUAGCAUCUUAUCUUGAGAGAGGAAGGAAUUGGAAAGCAAUUGAUCGGUAAUGUCAAAGCGUUAACUUGGCUUUCGGAGAAUGCCCAACGUAAAUAGGAGCUCGUCCUGGCCUGCAAGUUUCAUUCGGGCCAAUAUUUAACUUUUUGAAUUUUCUAAGGGGAUCUCCCAUUGAUAUGCGAUAGGGUCACCCAGAAUCUUUACCUCCAAGUGUCAGAUGCAUGCUCUCAUCCGGAGGGAUCAGCACGUGCCUUCAGGCCGUUUAAUCGGACUGACGAGUAAAAGGGUGGAGUGGAGCAAGGGAAGUUAAAAGCCGAUAUGGCUGGCCGAGAACUCAUUACAUAAAUCUAAGUUAAGUAAAUCUCAAACUAAUCAUUUGGCUACACAGCUAGCAACGAACCCUAAGGCGCAAGAAAAGAAAUGCUGUGGAAAUUAA